AUGUCUGCCGCUACUACUACUACUAUAACCAUGCAAAAUAACCAAGGUUCAUUGAUUGAAUCUGCUUACCGUGCCGCUCCUACAGAAAUGACUUCAGACGUUAACUGCGCUGAAGCCGAGCUGCAAAGGGAGCAUGUACAUGAAAGGGAAGUUGCAUCGCCUUUUCAGAUCCAUUCAAGUGUGUUGGACUCUGUGUUUAGCACUACUAACUUGGAUGGCAAGGAUGCUAUGUUGGACCACACUCCUAUGUUUGAUGAGUUGGACUUUAUUGUUGACGGUAUCAACGUCAACUCUAAGGAUGACUGGGUGGCAUUAUUUGGAGAAGGUGAUGAAGGUAGUGCUGCUGCUGCUGCUACUGCCGCCGCAUCUUCGACUGCCUCGAUGUUUGCAGGUGAAGGUGUAUCUGCUGAUGCGGUAUGUACCAAUGGCCCAAUCAUUGAUUUAGGUUGUUCUGUUUCUGCAGAGGCAAGAACAGAAUCUGGAGAUGUCAAGCAUGGAAUCUUUGAAGAUUCGAUGUUGGAAGCUCUUUUGGCCGAACCUUCACCAAAUGGAUUGUCAGAUGAGACCAUUUCUGCUGCCACUACUUCUGCUUCUAGUCCAGAGGUUGAUGCUAGUACAGUUUGUACUAGUGUUGCGCCUUCGACUUCUAGUGCAAAUGGACGUAAGAGAUCAUUUAAAGAAGUGGAGCAGACUCAAUUGUUUACUCCAAACCCUUCUUCUACUUUGCCUACUCCUCAGUUGGAUGUCAAGAAGUCGUCGUCGUUGUCUUCUUCCUCUUCUUCAAACAAGAAGGCCAGAGUUGAUCAUUUGGGAUGUGUUGCUUACUCCAAGAAGCAAAGAUCGCAGACUUUGGAACCAAUUGAUUUUUCUGGUAUUGAGGAUGUUUCUGCAUUGAAGAGGGCCAAGAACACAGAGGCUGCGAGAAGAUCUAGAGCUAGAAAGAUGGAGAGAAUGACUCAAUUGGAGAAUCGUGUGGGAGAAUUGAUGGCUGAAAAUGACGAUUUGAAGAAGGAAGUUGAGAGAUUGAGAGCUCUUCUUUCCUGA